AUGUCUCUUCUUCGUGCCAACUUCCCCGGCUCUGGUGGCGACUUCGCUCCUCUGUUCCGUCUUCUUGAUGACUACGAUGAUCACCGCUCUUCCCGCAACCAGUCCGCGGUUCGCUCAUUCUCUCCUCGCUUUGACAUCCGUGAGAGUGAAGAUGCAUACCACUUCGAUGGUGAACUGCCUGGAAUUUCUCAGAAGGACAUCGAUAUCGAGUUCUCCGACCCCCAGACUCUGGUUGUCAAGGGCCACACCGAACGCGAGUACCACACCUCCGAGCCAGGUGAGGCCAAGGAAGGUGCUAAGAAGUCCGAUGAAUCCAAGCCCACUCACCGGUUCUGGGCCAGCGAGCGCUCAGUUGGCGAGUUCCAGCGCGUUUUCUCUUUCCCGACUCCUGUCGACCAGCACAAUGUCAAGGCCAGUCUGAAGAACGGCAUCUUGGCCAUCCAGGUACCCAAGGCUAGUGCUACCGCUUCCAAGAAGAUCACUAUUGAGUGA